AUGUUAAACAUAUUCACCGCAAUCAUAGAUUUUGUGACGGACUUACCACCAAAACGAAGAUUCGUGUUGCUCCUACUGUCUAUAUUGUUUAUAACAUUCACCGUCUUAUUUUUUGUUUUUGAGAAACCGAUAUUAACAGCACCGUUCGCACAACAAGUUCGAGAAUUACAGUAUGGCUACUUAAUGCUCACGUCUCUUAUUAUAGUCACUUGUUUUCCGCCGUUACCAGGGUAUAGCUCGCUAAUCAUGCUAAGUGGUUUUAUUUAUGGAUUUCCGUUGGGAUUCGCACCAGCUUUAUGUGGUGCGCUGAUUGGAUCGAUGACUUGUUUCGGACUUUUUCGAUCAAUGUGUAAAAAUUAUACUGAUAAAUUAGUUGGACAAGAUCGAAGGUUUGCCGCGUUGGCAGUCGCAAUACAUCAUGAAGGAUUCAAGAUUAUUUUCCUGAUACGUCUUAGUCCGUUUCCUAUAACCUAUUCAAAUGCAUUCUUUGCCAGUAUCCGCUCCGUCAGCCUUUGGAAAUUCACACUGGCCACAAUACUUACAAUGCCGAAAUUACUGAUUCACGUGUUUAUUGGAUCCCGAUUAGCUAAUUUGACUAAUGAACUGGACUCCACAUCUCGACUAAUAAAUUAUCUUUCGAUUGGAAUAGGUCUCAUCCUAUUCUUCAUUGCUACAUGGUGGCUAUACAAUAAAACAAUGGAGGCUGCACGAAACGCCGCCGGCAAAGGGCGAAUGGUCGAGAAAUCAGAAAUAGAAACGGUAAGCGGAAGUUCCGAUAAAGAGAGUUCAGAGUAUUUUCUCGAGGAUGAUUUGGCUGUGAUAGAGGAUAGUGGAUAUUAUGGUGGGACAAGUGGGGUGGGGACAAGUAAAAGUGCGUCGAAACAUUGGCCGCAACAGGAGAUUUCAAUGUAUCAGAUUGUGAAAUGA